AUGGUGCCACGGUGGGUAAGCUGCCACGGUGGGUAUGGUGCCACGGUGGGUAUUGUGGCACUGUGGGCGUGGUGCCACAGUGGGUAUGGUGCCACGGUGGGUAUGGCGCUACGGUGGAUAUGGUGCCACGGUGGAUAUUGUGCCACUGUGGGUGUGGUGCCACAGUUGGCCACGCCCAUCACCGCCCAGCGAGUGUCGCCCGCCGAGGCCCGCCUGCCUCCGUGUACCGCCAUAUCGCGGACAGCCUCCACUCCAGGAACAUGUCCUCGGCCCGCUCCGUCUCCCCCGCCCUGUCCCCCGCCCACCUGUGUGACAGGCCCGUCCUCCCCGUCCCACCGCCCGCCCAAGGAGGACUAUGACCGCCCCGCCAGAGAGAUCGCCCCUCUACAUUAUACAGACCUUCUCCCCUUCAACAUACUGGGCGGGCCGGAGACUCGCGAGUUCCUACUGAGGGUGGCGGAGGUGUCCAUCGACUACAUUAGGGAAACCUUCGACCGACAUGCCAAGAUCCUGGACUUCCACCAGCCCGAGCAGCUCAAGGAAGUGCUGGACCUGGAGAUCCCCGCCAAACCCAUGGUGCUGGAACAGGUCAUCGCAGACUGCAUGGACGCCCUCAAGUACCAGGUCAAGACAGGCCACCCUCGCUUCAUGAACCAGCUGUCAUGCGGCACGGAGGUGGUGUCCCUGGCCGGGGAGUGGGUCACGGCCGCCGCCAACACCAACAUGUUCACUUACGAGAUAGCGCCUGUCUUUAUCCUCAUGGAGAAGGUGAGUCCCCCGUGACGAUGCGGGCACAUGCGUGAAGUGAUCGGCUACAAGGCAGGGGACAGUAUCCUGGCCCCCGGCGGGGGCUCCAUCAGCAACCUUUACGCCGCCCUCGCCGCACGCCACAAGAUGUUCCCGGGAUACAAGAAGAAAGGACUCAUGGCGUUGCCUGGCCAGCUCGUCAUGUUCACUUCCCUCCACAGCCACUACUCCCUGAAUGGCGCCGCCGCCGCGAUGGGCCUGGGCACUGACAACCUCAUCGAAGUUCCUGUUGACGAGAAGGGCCACAUGCUUCCGUCUGAGCUGGACCGUCUCAUCCAGGAGGAGAAGGGCAAGGGCAAGGUUCCUUUCUUCGUGUGCGCCACUGCCGGCACCACCGUGAUGGGCGCCUUCGACCCCCUGCACGCCAUCGCCGACGUCUGCGAGAAGCACACGCUGGGUUUCCACGUCGAUGCGGCGUGGGGCGGCGGCGUGCUGCUGUCCAAGAAUCAGCGUCACAAGAUGGCUGGCGUGGAGCGUUCCAACUCCAUCACGUGGAACCCUCACAAGCUGAUGGGCACCCUGCUGCAGUGCUCCACCGUGCACUUCCAGGAGGACGGUCUCCUCAUCUCGUGCAACCAGAUGUGCGCAGACUACCUCUUCCAGCAAGACAAACCCUACGACGUGAACUACGACACUGGCGACAAGGUGAUCCAGUGCGGCAGACACAACGACAUCUUCAAGCUGUGGCUGCUGUGGCGCUCCAAGGGAGACGAAGGGUUCGAGAAGCACAUCGACCACCUGUUUGACAUGACGGCCUACCUGGUGCAGCGCAUGAAGCAGCACCCUGACAAGUUUGAGCUGCUGAACGACGAGCCGGAGUGCACCAACGUGUGCUUCUGGUACGUGCCCCACCGCCUCCGCACCAUGAAGGCCGGCCCCGAGCGUCACAAGAUUCUGGGAGAGAUCCAGCCCAUCCUGAAGGGCCGCAUGAUGACCGCUGGCACCCUGAUGAUCGGAUACCAGCCACUCGACCACCACCCCAACUUCUUCAGGAACAUCAUCUCCUCACAGGCCGUCAGGAGAGAGGACAUAGACUUCAUGCUGGAGGAACUGGACCGUCUGGGCUAUGACUUGUAAAAUGGAGAGAUACCAAGUGCAGGAAGGAAGGAGGAGUGGGCGGAGGGAGGAAGGCCUAAAGGUACUGAUUGAAAUAGUUAUGUCAGAUUUUUUUCUCCUCUCUCCUCCUUAUCCUCCUUCUCUUUUUCCCUCCUCCUUCUCCUCUCCCUCGUCCUCCUCGUCCUCCUCCUCCUCAUCCUGAUCCGGUUUCUUGUUGUCCUCCGCGAAAGUGACUGUCUCCAGGUCUGUGUUGUUGUUGUUGUUGUUGUUGUUGUGAUAAGCAGUUGUGACGGGAAGGCUCGCGUGGGGCUGUCGAGGGCUGUAGUCUCCUCCCACUCCUCCUCUUGCUUUCCUUCUUACUCCUACUUCUCUUCCUUCUACAACUACUACUACUACUACUACUACUACUACUACUACUACUACUACUACUGUCACUACUACUACUACUACUUCUACUACUACUACUACUACUACUACUACAAGUACCGAUGCUGCCCCUGCUCUUAAGACCAAACAAACUCGCUUCACUGUUGCAUCGCUCCGCCUUCAACUCUGCGAGACAGACAGCCUUAUGAUAUACUGACACUUGGGAGCAACACCGCCGCGACCUAACACCGCCCACACGACACCCGCCGCCCGCCCACUAGGCACCCAUGACACACACCCACACCCCUGACACAUACCCUAGCAGCCUUGACACGUACCUUACACAAACCCACACCACCACGAACUCUUUGCGGGGACUGAGGGUAUGACCAUUCCAUAAGUACAAACCAGGGACUUGCAGGUUUUGAGAGUCUCCACAGAGUUCAAGAGCCUCUGUUUUGAGCCCCGAGCAGCCCCCGCCCCGCCCCGCUCAGAGCCCCGUCAGUCAGCUGCCUAGGCCGGGUUGUGGACCGCUUUGUUUACCCGCCGUUGUGACGUGGCGGGCGGCCUGGCCUGACUCGAGCGUGGCCGGGAGUCAGCAGUGGUCAGGCAGGUGAGGCCGCGCUGGUGUGUCCGUGUCACGCCACCAGCCGCCUUAUUGUGAGAGCUUUGGUGUGCCGCUGCUGGGCGUGGGGCGGCUGAGUGCCAGAUGGUGCAGGGCCGUUGAGUGUCAGGUGGUGCAGGGGGUGGUGUGUUAAUGCCAGCUGGUGGGUUAGUGCCAGAUGGUAAAGAUGGCGGUGCCAGGUGGUACAGGGCCGUGGGGCAGUGCCAGGUGGUGAAGUGGUAGGUAAGUAGCUGGUGGCAGUGGAUUAGUGCCAGGUGGUACAGGAGGUGGAGGAUCAGUGCCAGGUGGUGCAGGGGCCGCUGGGUUAGUGCCAGGUGGUGCAGAGGCCGCUGGAUCAGUGCUGGAUGGUGCAGGAAGUGGAUGGGUAGUGCCAGCUGGCGGUGUGUUAAUGCCAGGUGAAGCAGGAAGUGGUGGGGCAAUGUCUGGUGGUGCAGGGGCGGCUGAGUCAAUGCCAGGUGGUACAGGAGGUGGUGUGUGAGUGCCAGGUGGUGCAAGGGGCGUUAGGAAAGUGUCAGAUGGUAAAGGUGACAGUGGGCUGGUAUCAGGUGGUACAGGUAGCGGUGGGGCAGUGCCAGGUGUCUGUGGGCUAGUGCCAGUCUCAAGGGGCGGUGCAGGGCCGUGUCUGGAUUUUGGUAUCAGCUCAGUAACCUGGUGACACCCACAAGUAUCACCGCACUGGUUUAGACAGCACCCCCCGAGCCACCCACGCCGCCCACGCCGCCCACACCACCCCACGCCGCCCCGCAUCGCCGUGCCCGCAGCCGACCCCACGACCACGCGAGCUUCAUGAGAAGAGCAAUAAUGGCUUUUGUUGUAUUGUGUGCAGGAGGGAGACACGUCCCCCCCUCAUCCGCCCCCUCCCUCUCCCACAUCCCUAUCCUCCCCUACCUCCUCCUCCUCCUCUUGUCCCUCCUCUCUCUCCUCCUCUUUGCUCUUCUCACCCCUCCUCCUUCUCUUUUCCUUUUAUGUACGUUGUAAAUUCAUAUUUUUUGAGUAAGUGAAUCAGCAACCAGAAGAAAAUGUUGAUGGUGGUAAUGAUAAUAAUAAUAAUAAUAAUAGUAAUAAUAAUAAUAAUAAUAAUAAUAAUAAUAAUAAUAAUAAUAAUAAUAAUAAUAAUAAUAAUGAUAAUAAUAAUAAUGCAAACAAUACUAACAAAGCUGCUACGUCUUCUUGUACAUCAUCUUGCACGUCUUUUCUCUUUGUCGCUUGUGGAAAGUUACGUCUCAUAUUUACUACAGAGAGAGAGAAAGUGUUGUGUGUGUGUGUGUGUGUGUGUGUGUGUGUGUGUGUGUGUGUGUUCAUUUCUUACUACAUCUAUAUCUACUUAUGCAUGUGCCCCUCGCCGCCUCCCUUCACUCAGCACGCGAGGUCUUGCCUUCAGGGAGUGUGUGGGGCGAGUGUUGGCGCCGCCCCUGACGCAGGCAGUGUGGUGUGGCGCUAGGCUCUCCUUUCCCCUACUGCCACUACUUCCACUGCUGAUGCUAUUACUACUAUACUACUCCUUCUACCACCACCACUACUACUACUACUACUACUACUACUACUACUCUAUUCCUCUUCUUUCCCUGAUUCUCUUCUUACCCUUCCUUUUCACCACUACACACUUCAGUCCUCACGCCCCUUCCUUCACCUGCACUGUGCCUUCCUGAGCCGCCGCCGCCGACGCCGCUGUCUGGCCGGGCCUCGGGUACCGCCACCACUCCCUCCACCGCCUUGCCUCACUUUGAUAUCACGUUCAUCUCUCUCGCACGUUUGUUCUCGUCAGCCCGCUAUUUUACGAUGCACGUAGUUUUGCACCUUAACUUCUUGCAUGCAUAUAAGGAAUACUUUUUAAAAAUUCAUGUGUUCUUCCUCUUAAGCAACAGGCAUGGCACUUGUAAGACCGCGUCGUUCUCACAAACUUACACUCAUAUAAGAUCUAAAGAAGGUUAUUUAGAUACUGAGCAACAUUACUUAGGUCAUCCUCACUCUCAUCAUGCCAGCUAUCUCAAUUCAUAGCAUUCAGAAAAUGCUAAAAAUCUAAAGUCUAAAGCAACAGACAUAAUCCGGUGUUUCUCCUUACAACUACACCGCUCUCACAACUUACACAAAAUCAAAGUAACUGAAAGAAAAAAAAAAUAUUUAGGCCCUGUGUAACUCAACAUGG